GAAAGGACUGACAGGCACAGGGACGGCAGAAGAACCAGGAAAAACAGGCACGGGAAGCCGGAACAAAAAUGCCAAAGAUGGGAGAAGGUGAGGCCUCCCGUCCUGCAGAACGUCGGCGCCAGGAUGGCCAGGUGUGGGACUCUGUAAAGAAGACGGCUUUUGUUCUGGGCACUGGGCUUCUCAUCUUUGCUGCCUUCAGGAAUUCUGUGACAUGGCACUUGCAGCAGUUUUGGGGAGCCUCUGGAGACUUUUGGCAAUCGCAGUGGGGGAAGCUGCACGGUUUCUUUGAUGGAAAUCAACUGACAUUGUUCUGUUUGGGCACCAUGCUGAUCCCCACUCUUUCUUUCUGGAUCUUCAAUGCUAUUCUGAUGCUUAUUGACCUGACUGGAAAGCCAUACUUUAUCACCAAAUACCGGAUCCAGCUUGGGAAGAAUGAGCCAGUGGAUCCAGUCAAGCUCCGACAGGCUGUGAUCACUGUGCUUGUCAAUCAGGUCUUUCUCUCCUUUCCCAUGAUUGUGCUCAUGUAUCCCAUCAUGCUCUGGCGAGGAAACCCCUGUGGCCCUGAGCUACCCACAUUCCAUUGGGUCCUUCUGGAACUCUCAGUCUUUGCGCUGGUUGAAGAAAUUCUCUUUUAUUAUUCACACCGGCUGGUCCAUCACCCUUUGUUAUACAAGCGCAUCCACAAGAAGCACCAUGAAUGGACGGCACCUGUAGGAGUGGUGUGUCUGUAUGCGCAUCCCCUGGAGCAUAUUUUUUCCAACAUGCUGCCCUCCAUGGUCGGUCCUAUGAUAAUGGGAUCUCACGUUGCCACGACCAUGCUGUGGUUUGCCCUGGCUCUGAUCACCACUACCAUCUCACACUGUGGCUACCACCUGCCUUUUCUUCCGUCUCCAGAAUUCCACGAUUUUCACCACCUCAAGUUUAACCAGUGCUAUGGAGUACUUGGGGUAUUGGAUCAUCUGCAUGGAACAGAUCAGAUGUUUAAGCAAACCAAGGCUCAUGAAAGACACGUUUUAUUAAUGAGCCUUACGCCACUAAGUCAGAGCAUUCCUGACAACCCUAAGAAAUGCUAAUAGUCCGAGUGGAAAAUCAUUAGAAGAGAAAGGGCUUGUCCUUCUUGAAUGGAGACUUGCAAGGAUAUGGUUUGCCCUUCCAGUUGUGCUAAUGUAUUGACAACCUCCAGAGUGUUUGGCUUGGGAGUGGCUUUAAAAACUCAGGCCACCCUCUCCCCAUACACCAGUUGUUUGCUGAUUUAUGGUACUAAUUACUUCUGUGAUUAAAUAAUUAGAAGGUUGAUCAUGGCUGUCGGCACACAAUCAAUGAAACUCAGUAUCAAAGUCAAGGCCUGUGGAGACUUAGCUGUAGAUUUGGAAUCCAUUCUGAACAGUAAACCUUAAAGUCACCCACUAGGUACUUUACCUAGAAAAACAUUCAGUAGUUACUAGUGGAAUUAAGGAGCAGAUUUAUCAAGGGUCGAAUUUCAAAGUGGAAAAUACUUAGAAAUUAUACCAUCAAAUAGAAUCCUCUGACAUUCAAAUUAGAAGGAUUUUACGAUUCAAAGGAUUCGAACGUACGAUUUUCCUUUGAAUAUAAAAAACUUGCUCUGGAAGGUCCCCAUAGGCUAACGUAGCACUUCGGCAGGUUUAAGUUGGUGAAGUGGUGAAGUAUUGAAGUCAAAGUUUUUUUUAAAGAGACAGUACUUCGAUUAUCGAAUGGUCGAAUAGUCGAACGAUUUAUACUUCGACAUGAAUUCGAAGUAAAUUCAAAGUUGUAGUAUCCUAUUCGAUGGUCGAAGUAUUCAAAAAAUUUGAAUUUCUUAACUUCGAAAAUACCCUCGAAUUCACUUCGACCCUUGAUAAAUCUGCCCCUAAGUGUGUGCAACUCUAGAAUAGACAGUCCUAUUCUUACACUAAUUACAACUAACUCUAGCGCUACAACAAUCAUGUUCUUAAUUUGCAUAAAACAUAUAUAUAUAUGUAUUAAAGGAAUCUUGGUUGCAUCCAAA